CCAGUUCAAGAGGAUGCUGAUGACCCCCCUCUCCGAGAUGAGCCGCUCCGGCAACCAGGUGUCCGAGUACAUUUCCAACACUUUCCUGGACAAGCAGAAUGAUGUGGAGAUUCCUUCUCCCACCCAGAAAGACAGAGAGAAGAAGAAAAAACAGCAGCUCAUGACGCAGAUCAGCGGAGUGAAAAAAUUAAUGCAUAGUUCAAGCUUGAAUAACACCAGCAUUUCACGGUUUGGUGUGAAAACCGAAAAGGAAGAUCAUCUGGCCAAGGAACUGGAAGAUCUGAAUAAGUGGGGUCUCAACAUAUUUAAUGUCGCACGGUAUUCCCACAACAGGCCGCUCACCUGCAUCAUGUACGCUAUAUUCCAGGAGCGAGAUCUACUGAAAACAUUCAAGAUCUCAUCAGACACUUUUGUAACGUACAUGAUGACGCUGGAAGACCACUACCACUCGGACGUCGCCUACCACAACAGCCUCCACGCUGCUGAUGUUGCCCAGUCCACGCACGUUCUGCUCUCUACCCCCGCGCUGGACGCUGUCUUCACUGAUUUGGAAAUCCUUGCUGCGAUUUUUGCAGCUGCAAUCCAUGACGUGGAUCACCCUGGGGUCUCCAAUCAAUUUCUUAUUAAUACAAAUUCCGAGCUAGCCCUCAUGUACAACGACGAAUCCGUCUUGGAGAACCACCAUCUCGCUGUGGGUUUCAAACUGCUUCAAGAGGAGCACUGUGACAUCUUCCAGAACCUGACCAAGAAGCAGCGUCAGACGCUCAGGAAGAUGGUGAUUGACAUGGUAUUGGCGACAGAUAUGUCCAAGCAUAUGAGUCUGUUAGCUGAUCUGAAGACCAUGGUGGAAACAAAGAAAGUGACCAGUUCAGGAGUCCUCCUUCUGGACAACUACACAGACAGAAUACAGGUUCUCCGAAAUAUGGUACAUUGUGCGGACUUGAGUAAUCCCACAAAGUCUCUGGAGCUGUACCGGCAGUGGACGGACAGGAUCAUGGAGGAGUUCUUCCAGCAGGGAGACAAAGAGCGAGAAAGAGGAAUGGAAAUCAGUCCGAUGUGCGACAAACACACCGCGUCAGUGGAAAAAUCACAG